AUGUCUCCCGUCAUGGAGUUGGAUCAGAGCGUUACCGCUGCCAUAGUUUCUCAAAACGCCCUGCAGGUGAUCCAGCACACGAGCUGCGCGCUCGCCGGUGCCAGCACGCCCGGCGUCCUCCUUGGGUGCAAAAACGCAACGCAGAGAAUCGGCGCAACCGGUUUGAAACUCAGCACUUUUUCCAAAGCAGGAAUGAGCGUCCUGAAACUGGCCACGACGCAGCUGAAGCACCAAGAGAAGAAAGCGAGGGUGGUGCGGGCGUCUAGUAUGAGCAAGCCGCAUCUGUCCAGCGACAACAGCCAGUGCAAAAAAUCUCCACUGGACCAGUUGACAGCGCUGGUUAUGCACGGACACUCGCGUCUCCAGCAGUUGGGGAAAGAUCAGUACGGAACCAAAGCGCAGAACUGCAGGCGCAUCGUGGUCCUUGGCGCGCCGCGGGUCGGAAAGACGUCCAUCCUGCGCCGGUUUCUACGCGAGGGUUUUGAGGAGAGAUACGAGCCCACCUGCGAGGAUUUCCACAGGAAACUGUACCAAAUACGCGGGGAAACGUAUCAAAUAGACAUCCUGGACGCGUCCGGGGAAAGAAGCUUCCCUGCGAAAAGAAGACUGUCCAUUCUAACCGGUGAUAUAUUUCUGCUCGUCUUCAGUCUGGAUGACCGCAGCUCGUUUGAAGAAGUGCGCGCUCUGCACGAGGAGAUCCUAUCCGCCAAAAUGGCCUUGCACCGAACCAAACAGAAACUCUGUGUGCCCACCGUGAUCUGCGCGAACAAAGUGGACUUGCCCUCCGAGAAGCACGCGGUGUUGCGCACGGAAGUGCUGCGUGCUUUCGGAAACGGCUGCACGCUGUUCGAGACCUCAGCCAAGGACAGUGUGAAUCUGGAGCAGGUGUUUGAGGGGCUUGCGAAGCGUGGUGGACUCCCUCUGGAGACCGGACCCUCGCAGCACCGUAAAGUCUCCAUCAAGUCGUAUCACGCGCUCUGGGCGGCGCACCAGGCGGACAAGGGAAGCAAAGGCGCGGUGUGCGACGCUCCGUGCGGUGCGCUCUAUCCACUGGCGCGGAGACCGAGUUUUGGCACCGACUUGCGGCUGGUUCUGGGUCCCGAUGGCAAUAGGAAGCAAAGCAAAACACUGGACAAAUGUCAGAUUCAGUGAAAAAAAGACUGAGAGACUAAGAAACAAACAGCAAGAUAGCAUGUUCACACUUAGAUCUUUUUCCAGCAAACAUCCAACUAUUCACCAUUAGUAUGGUAGAAGCUAUAUCUAAUUUGCAACGACUUUCAGAGUUUUGUUGAGGAACAUUUUGCAUUACUAUCCGACAGCCUUUUAGUUCAAAUGAAAUAUGACAUCUAAUCUCACAAUGGUCAAAUGGGAAUGACAAAAAAUGGUGCGUUGAAUGGGUGUUAUCAUGCAAUAUUGUGUAAUAUGUAAGCAUUUCAAUGACUUUUAAUAAAACAUAUUUUUUACAA